UCAGUUGCCACCAUCAUGUGGCGCCCUCUGUUUCUUCUCCAGCUAACCCAGCUCUUCCUUGGCCUGGCCAGCGGCCAGAUCCAGCCCAGAAUAGUGGGCGGCACCACCACCACGCUCUCCGCCGUGGGUGGCUUCGUGGUGAACCUGCGCUACGACGGAACCUUUUACUGCGGCGGCUCCCUCGUGACCAGCAGGCACGUGGUCACGGCGGCCCACUGCCUCAAAGGCUACCAGGCGGGCCGCAUAACCGUCCAGGGCGGAGUGAGCCAGCUCAGCCAGUCGGGCGUCGUGAGACGCGUGGCCAGGUACUUCAUUCCAAAGGGCUUCAGCAGCUCCAGCCUCAACUGGGACGUGGGCGUCAUCCGGCUGCAGAGUGCCUUGACUGGCAGUGGCAUCACCACCAUUCCCCUCUGCCAGGUGCAGUGGAACCCCGGCGACUACAUGCGCGUCUCCGGCUGGGGUACUACUCGCUCCGGCAACUCCAGCCCCUCCAACCAGCUGCGCACGGUGCGCAUCCAGCUGAUUCGCAAGAAGGUGUGCCAGAGGGCCUACCAGGGAAGGGACACGCUCACCGCCUCCACCUUCUGCGCCCGCACUGGCGGCAAAGACAGCUGCUCCGGCGACUCGGGCGGGGGGGUGAUCUUCAAGAACCAGCUCUGCGGCAUCGUCUCCUGGGGACAUGGCUGCGCCAACGCCCAGUAUCCCGGCGUCUACACCAGCGUCCAUCGGGUCCGCGGCUUCAUCCUCCGCUCCAUCAAGAAGUGAGGAGUGGGCAGUUGGUGGAGCGCCGGAAGCCACAGCUAUUAAUAGUUAGUUAAAAUAUUAAUUAAAAAUCGUUAGUGCAAGUGCUGCCUCGCCUGUCGUCAGGAAGUCCUCGGACCGGAUGGGCAACUGAAGAUUGGCGAUGGGCCAAUGAAGAUAUCAUCCAUCUGCUUUGUGGCCUUGCCGCAUGUAAAUUAGUAGGCAAUGCACAGUGAUUGAAGACCAUGCGAAAAUGUUGAUACGUAUGCUUAGAUACUUCUGUUUUCAAUAUGGAAUAUUCGAGGAAAAUUCUAACAUCAAAUAACAUAUGUAUAAGAUAAAAUGUUUAUAGUUCGCUACCAAAAAACUCAAAAUAAUACUGUACAAACAACAACAAGCUGAAAUAUAAAUAGGUGGUAGAAUGA